AUGGCCGAAGCAGCAACACCAUCGAACCCGGAACAAGUCGCGCACGAUGACCUCUGCCCCAUUUGCCAACUUCUCCUCUUCACGCCCGUAAAAACCCAGUGCAACCACCUGCUAUGCGCGUCCUGCAUGGCACAGUGGUCCGACGCCUCCAACACGCACAGCAUCGAACCCACCAGCUGGGACGUGAACCUCGAAGACUUCGAUCCGAACUACGAUCCAACGUACGACCUCGAGUGCAACUGUCCCAUGUGCAGGACGCGUACUGCCGCAACUCCGGAUAACGCGUUGGCAAGACAGUUGGAACAGAAAUAUCCUAUCACGUAUGCUGAAAGGCGCGUUGAAGAGGAAGAGGAGAGGGGGUCACGUAUCGGACGUGAUGGCUUUGAGGGCGUCAUGAUGCUUAUAGGGAAUAAGCAUAGGCUUAUUAGGAAUGCUGGUGACGACAACGAGCAUGAUUGGACAUUCUUUGUGCGCACGUCCAGGCCGGAUCUGGUUAAGGAGCAUCCUACAUUCCGACGAUCCCACGUCAUUAUCCGAAAACCACCUUAUGAGUACGAAGCUCGAGGCUGGGGAACCUUCGUCAUUCGUACCGAGAUCGUACUCAAGCAGCCGUAUAAUUGGAUUAUGGAUAAUGCUGGCACCCGGCAGCAGGCUCUCGAGCUGGAAUGGCCCCUCAACUUUGAACGGGAAGGCAGACAGGGUAGAGUGAGAGCCAAAGUGAACAGACUUGAUGCUGCAGCCAACAGCACCGGUCGCGUGUUACGGUCCAGGCAUCCACCUCCAAGUGCACCCGUUCCGGAUGAUGACGAUGACGAGCUAGACGACGAUUACGAGGCCACCCAAGACGAAGACGAAGACGACGAUGAGAGCUCAUCAGAUGAGGACUUUGAAGAAGGAGCCAGUGAAUAUGUUGAACCUUCACGAAGAUAG